GAGGUAUAUAACUGCAUUAAUCAAAGCUCAUAUAGGCUAUUAAUAAAAAAAAACAAAAUGUGCCUCUUAUAGAAAUGGUUCUUUGCAAAAGGAUAAAUUUGGCGAUGCAGAUCAAAAGUUUCACCGUUAUUCUGAUCUUGUUCAAGUUCGUCAGUAACUCUGAUGGUUUCCUGCUACACGGCUCUGCUGGUCCUCUGACAGCCCGGCUGACAGGAGCUGUACUGCUGCCCUGCUUUGUGGACAGACCCCUGCCUUUGGAGGAGCUGGAGGUGGACUGGAGAAGGACUGAUUCAGACACCAUCGUGCACCUAUUCCAGGGGGGUCAGAGCAGACCUGAAUCACAGGGGGAUGCCUACAGGGGCAGAGCGCACUUCUUCUCUCAGGAAAUCCCCAAAGGCAACUUCUCUCUGCUGCUUGAGGGUGUGAGGACUGCAGAUGCAGGAGUGUACAAGUGUGUGGUUUACACAGAGCAGGAGCAACGUGAAACACGGGUGGAAAUACAGGAAGCAGGCAAGUGA